CGUUUCUUCGAGGAAUAGAUAAAUGCUGCCAAUUAUCAUCAAUAUAUGAUUCUAUGCACCGUUCCUUAGUGACGCCAGAGAAAGAGUGAGACUGAAAACUGUUCGUCAAAGCGAAAGAGUUCAGAUGUUGGAGGUUGGCCAAGGGUCGAACCCGGCGAGGGAAAGUGAUCAAAUAUGCAAUCAUAUUUUUUCUGUGUAUCUGCGUAAGUAAAGAAGGUUGUGGAUACGGAAGAUUGUCAGCGGAUGCUCCUGAAAGUUCCCGCAUAAAAGAAAACUCCGGAACAUCGAAAUUGCGACGGUGGCAUCAGUGAAAUAUGGAGCGCCCCCCCGAGGACAAGAUGGCGGUGGAGGGCAAAGCGUGGCUGGACGCCUCCCCGAGUCCCGACGGAGCCGAGGACGCCGCCAGCAGGAGUAGUAGCCAGGAGGACUCACUCAGGGACAACUGGAGCAGCAAGUGGGACUACAUCCUGUCGGUCAUCGGGCUUACCAUCGGCCUCGGGAAUGUGUGGCGGUUCCCUUAUAUAUGCUACAUGAACGGAGGAGGUGCGUUCCUGGUGCCUUACCUGCUGAUGCUCGUCCUGGUGGCCCUCCCGCUGUUCCUGCUGGAGUCUGCCAUCGGCCAGUUCAGCUCCUCCAGCUGCAUCGGCAUCUUCUCGGCGUGUCCUGUCUUCAGAGGCGCCGGUAUAGCAGCGACCAUCGUGAACUUCCUCCAGACGGGGUACUACACUACGUUAGUUGCGUAUCCGCUGCUGUUCAUCUACCACUCCCUCAGGAGGGAGCUGCCCUGGACCUCCUGCGAUAACGACUGGAACACGGAGCACUGCACGAGGACCAGAGCCGAUUUCGUGGAAAACAAGACAGAGAACGGGACACAGGCAGUCGUGUCUUCUGCUGACGAAUUCUUUCACAACGAAGUCCUAAAGAUCAGCAGCGGCGUGGGCGAGGUGGGCGGGCUCGUGUGGCCGGUCGUGGGCGCCGUUCUCUUCACGUGGGUCAUCAUCUUCCUUGCCAACUUCAAGGGCGUGAGGGUGCUGGGGAAGGUGGUUUGGCUGACAGCGACGUUUCCUUAUGUAAUGCUGACGAUUCUGCUCAUACGCGGGGUGACUCUGCCUGGAGCCUGGGAUGGCAUCUACUUCUACAUCUACCCGAAUUUCGACAAGCUGAAGCAACCUAAAGUAUGGGCAGCGGCGGCCGUCCAGAUCUUCUUCUCCAUGACCCCGGGCUACGGCGUUCUCACCACGAUGAGUUCACACAACAAAUUCCGGAGCAGCAGCAUGAGGACGGCGAAGAUCGUGCCCAUCGUGUGUGCCAUGACUUCGAUCUUCGUUGGGUUUGUGGUAUUCUCAGUCCUUGGUUUUAUGGCACACCGCUUGGGCACGACCGUGGACAAGGUCACUGCUGCGGGGUCUGGGUUAGCUUUCAUCAUCUACCCCGAGGCGCUGUCCCUGAUGCCUCUUGCGCCUCUGUGGUGUGUCCUGUUCUUCCUCAUGCUGUUCUUCGUGGGCAUCGACUCCUGCUUCGGCGUCGUGGAGAGCCUUCUGACGGUCGUUACCUCCGAGUUCCCCCAAAUCCGGAGCUGGCGAGGCUGUGUCACGUUCGUCAUUUGUUCUGUCAUCUUCCUCGGCAACGGAAUCAUCUACUCGCAGGCGGGGAUAUACUGGCUGACCCUCGUCGACUGGUAUGUGUCUUCCUUCACCGCCACACUCAACUGCCUCUGCGAGCUGCUGGUCUUCUCGUUCAUAUACGGUGUCGGAAGAACAAUUCGCGACCUGCAGAUGAUGACGAACAAAACCGUCAGCUACUUCUGGUACGCGACGUGGCUGGUAAUUACCCCCGUCCUGACAGUGGCCAUCUUCGUGAACAUGGUCCUGAACUACGGCCCCGCCAGCUACGACGGCAGGAGGCUCCCCGACUGGGCGCAGGGCAUCGGCUGGCUCACCGCCUUCGCCUCCAUCCUCGCCAUCCCCGGCUACUUCGUCUACUUCCUCGCCGUCCACACCAAGGGCUCCGUCGCGCAGCGCCUUGCGCAGGGCCUGUCUCCCACCGCCGCGUGGGGUCCGGCCGAGGAGGAGUGCCGUGCGCACUGGGAGCGCUACUGCGCCCAGCAUCCCCUCCGGCACCGCCUCCUGCACCCCAACAGUUCCAGGGCAGCUCUCUCUCUGCCCGAAAUUGUUCCUCUGGGCAGGCCAUAACACUGGGGAGGAACAGCGACACUUGAUCGUUUUUCAAAAGCUCGACCUAUUAUGUUUUCCAAGUUCUCUGUGUGGUACAGUCGGGUAGUGCGGCUGCGGUGACCGAGAAACGGGCGUCCUUGUAUAUAGUUGUGUGCCAUGUUUUGGCGAGACGACGGGCAGGUCAACGAGAAAGUGUUAGUAUUACAGUGGAAAGCGGUGUGAUUUUAUACUGCUUCUUGCGCAUAGUCCUUGCUCUUUGCGAUGAAGGCAAGUAAAGCUAUAUUUUUAAAGCUGAAAGUAAUUAUAUAUAUAUAUUUUUUUCUUGUGUAAUGCGUAGCAAUUGUGAUUUACUUUCGGUUGAAUAUAUUUCUGCCUAACCGGCAAUUGCAUUUUGUCAGGACUGGGCCUAAUAAUUUUCUAGGAUGAAAGUAACUCAGGAAAAUUUCCGUCUCUUUUACAAUCAGUUCAAUCAGUUUUAAACAACAUAUUAUGUCUGAAUUUCACGGUUAUUGGUGCAUCAUGACACCUAUACAUCAUCAUGAGAUUCAGGGUGUGGUUUAAAACAGCCGAAAAUACCCUCAAAGCCCUGCAGUUGCAAUAUAAUCUGAUUCAUUUUGAACACUGUCUUGAGCCGAACUGGUGUAUGGUACAAAAAUGCUUUUUGAUAAAGAGUUUUUUUCUCCCAUAUAACGAUCCCUUGUUAGGCUAUCCAAAUUCUAAU